CCACCCGGCAGGGAUCUCGUCUCCGACAGAAGCGAAGCCAGAAAGCCCCUGCCCAAGUCCUACCACCCACCGGCACUCAACCCCCAUGGCCUUUGACCUCAGGGCGAGCGACGCCCAGUCAGGUGCCCUCUGUUGUUAGCAAUGUAGGGUCAACAUCCGGGCCUCGUAACCGACAACAGCCUCCGAGGUAGAAUGAAGGCUCCGCCCCUCGAGCAACCGCCCGCGCUGGUCACCGAAGCCCCUCCCCAUCCCGAUGCUGAUUGGACGAUUGUGUGAGCGCGGACCCGCGAUUGGUGCAGAACUCAAAACAUGACCAACAAGAUAUAUAGCCAAUGUUCAGAGCUAAUUUGGCUAGAGCUGGAAUACAAUUGUCUACAGCAUAUCCACAAGGAAUCGGAAAAGUCAAUCUAAUGGCUAACAAGAAAGAACCUCCGUUCUUUAAUGAAGAUAACGUGGGACCAUUUUACUACAAACUUCCUUUCUACGAGACUAUGGAGCUCUUCAUUGAGACACUGACGGGGACAUGCUUUGAGUUGAGGGUUUCACCUUUUGAAACUGUCAUCUCUGUGAAAGCUAAAAUUCAAAGAUUAGAAGGCAUUCCUAUCUGUCAGCAACACUUAAUUUGGAAUAACAUGGAGCUUGAAGAUGAUUAUUGUUUGAAUGAUUACAACAUUUCAGAAGGUUGUACUUUGAAACUAGUAUUAGCUAUGCGUGGUGGACCAAUUAAUACUAGAAGAGUUCCAAUGGAAGACCCUCUUAGGGAAAUGGCUGAAUACAUGGACUCCAGUCGUGAUGAGGUCUGGGAGAAGGCCUCAUGCAACAAACAAGUCACUUUUUUGGUGUACCGAGAAGGAGAUCAGUUGAAUUUCUUCCGUGUAGUAGAUAGGGGAGAUGGCACUUUAACACCAUUAUCUGAAUCUUUAAGUGGUGGUUCAGUUUAUAAUUUAUAUACAGAUGAUGAUGAAGACAUCGAGCCUUCUCCCUCUGGGCAACAAAUAAUUGAAAAUUCAAUCACUAUGAAUAAAAUGAAGCUGCUAAAGGCUAAAAUGGAGACCAUGAACCUCAGUAAAAAGCCUAAGAAAACUGUCAAGGUAAAACCUCGCCCACCUAUGGCUCCUCGGCCUUCCAGUGGUUCCAUGGCAGCUGCUCGUCACAGAUUGUUGAGAGUCCUCCCCCACAUUGGACAGUCUUGCCUGCCUCCACCUGGGAAUUCAUAUCCUACUGAGCCUUCCCAGAAUACACUUUCAGCCUUGGCUACUUUGGCCACUGCUGGUAGACCUAUACCAUCUAUCUCUACUGAUUUCCUUAAGGAAGAUGAUAACUGGGAGAACACCACACUCUCCCAAUCGAUCAGUAGCAUUAAACUACCAGCUAAAAUAUCACAUGUUGAAUUAGAAAACACUAAACCACCCAUACCAGAUGCUGUCCUCCCUCUUGUGUCAUCUCUGUCCACCCAAACAGAAAUGUUUUCAGAAAAUUUAGUAUCUAAAACAGAAGACAACACGGUCAUAUUUCCAAAUGUGGAAUUAUGUGCCACUGAAGAAUCUCUUUUACCUGAAAUGGAUGCAUUUGCUUUGUUAGCAGAAGGAAAUGUGGUGGAACAAUAUAGUGAUCUGGACAACACAGAGAAGGUAAACCAAGACUUUGUACUGACCGAUAGGGAUAAAGAGAUUAGAACUCCAGAGCAGCAUCAUAAGCCUGGUGCAAGAAUGCUGAAUUCAGAGACCAUGGAAACUUCGGUUCUGAACCCUCGUGAAUUAAGCCCUCAGAAGAACAGACUCUUGUCACCUCUUCGGUAUUCUGCCCCAUUAACACACCACAGUUCUCUAGGGAAACCACAAAGACAGGCCAAAUGCUUUGAGACUGGUAACCUCAGGUCCCCUGCCUCACAAAAUGUGUUUCGAUCAUUGGAUGUCCGAAAUAUAGCUGAUCCUUCCUUUCCUAGGACUACUAGAUUUCGUGGUGUUAAAGUCGACUCACCUGGUAAAAGAUCUGAUAUCAUUUCCAAAGGCGAGGCUAGGGACAUUACAGAAAUGGCUAACAAGGCAUCCAAAGAGCCUGUUGGUUCUGUAAACAACAUAGGUUUUCUUGCUUCGCUGGCACGAAGUGCGAGCAGAGAUAGUUUACAGAGCUCAUGUGGGGCCAGCAGGCUUCGGACUUCUGGCAUUGCACUAUCUACAAAUCUCCAGCAUUUUCAGGAAGAAAGCUUUAGGAAGAGCUCUCCCCAACUUGAACCUGCUGACUUUUUUCUAUCUACCCAUGGGCUUGGAUUGAAUGGAAAUAAUACAUCAGCAGGGAAAAGAGUAGGUGAAAAUACCCAUCAUCUUCCCCCUGUGAAAGCCCCUGUUCAGACCAAAAAGAAAACAUCCAAGCAUUGCUUUCUUUGUGGCAAGAAAACGGGACUAGCCACCAGCUAUGAAUGCAGAUGUGGAAACAAUUUCUGUGCAACUCAUCGAUACGCAGAAACCCACGGCUGCACUUACGAUUACAAGAGUGCAGGAAGGAGAUAUCUACAGGAGGCAAAUCCUGUUGUUAGUGCACCAAAACUUCCAAAAAUCUAACUAUGGUGGCACUGCCAGAGAAAAUGGAUUAUUAAUGACAGAAGAAGUAUUGCUUAGACUGAAUUAAUUUUGUUCGACUCCAAAAAAAAAAAAAAAAAAAAGAUUUGCCAAGUAACAAAAAG